AUGGAACUGACAGAAAAGAAGAUGGGUAUUCAUAAUCCAGUAGUGAUGAAGCAGUUUCAAUUGACAAUGGAGGAAGUUGAACAUUUACAAGUGAACAAUGCUGGAAUUUUUGGAGCUAUAGUUGAUGUGGAUGGUUUUAAAGCUGCAAUUGCAUCUGGUGCUGUAAGGGAAGCAGGACAUAUUGAUUUCAAAAAGUUGUUGACUGAAACUUAUGAGUUAACAGAAGAAUGCUUGCAAAUCAAUUACUAUGGUGCUAAAAGAACAUCUGAAGCCCUUAUUCCACUCCUUCAGCGAUCUGAUUCACCAAGAAUCGUUAAUGUUUCAUCCUCUAUGGGGAAGUUAGAGAACAUACUAGGUGAUCGGGUGAAAGUACUUCUUAGUACUGAUGUCGAGAACCUAAGCAAAGAGAGUGUAGAUGAAGUAUUGACAGAGUUUCUAAUCGACCUCAAGGAGAGUUUACUUUAA